GCCCGCGCGGCGUGCGCGCCGUGAGCCCUGCGCCUGCAGCCCGGCCCCGCGGCCCAGCGAGCGCUCCAGCCUGCCAUGUGGAGCUGUGGCCCACUCAACGGCACGGGCCGGGCCGAGGACCUGGCCUGCCAGCACCUACCCCUGGCACUGUCGGCGCUGUCGCUGCUCUACCUGGUAGUGGGCUGCCCUUUGGGCCUGGGCUACAAUGCACUGCUGCUGCUGGCCAACCUUAGUGACGCACGAACCAUGACCAUGCCCGAUGUCUACUUCGCUAACCUGGCAGCAGCCGGCCUGGUGCUGAGUGCACUGGCACCUGUGCAGCUGCUGGGACCCGCGGCGGCAGGCUGGGCACGCUGGGCAUUGAGCCGAGAGGCACAUGUUACUCUGCUGCUGCUGUUCCAUGUGUGCGCUCUGGUGAGCACCUACUCCACGGCACUGCUCAGCCUGGACUGCUGCAUCGAGAGGGCCCUGCCGCGCACCUACAUGGCCAGCGCCUACAAUACCCGGCAUGUGUGUGGCUUCGUGUGGGGCGGCGCCCUGCUUACUAGCUUCUCCUCACUGCUGCUCUACGUGUGCAGCCACGUGGCAGCCAGGGUAGCCGAGUGUGCGCGGCUGCAGGACACAGCGGCAGCCGAUGCUGUUCUGAUAGUGGUCGGCUACCUGGUGCCUGCCCUCGCUGUGCUCUACGCGCUGGCUCUAAGUCUCCGGUUGCGAAAGGAGGACACACCACUGGACCGAGAUGCCUCACGCCAAGACCCAUCAGUGCACCGGCUGGUGGUGGCCACUGUGUGCGCACAGUUCGGCCUGUGGACACCUUAUUAUCUGAGCCUCCUGGGGCAUCUGCUCCUAGCCUCACGGGGCAAACCCACUGAUGGACAGGGCCUGGGACUGCUGGUCCUGGCCAAGGACGUGGCUCGGUGCCUGGCCUUCGCCAGCAGCUCCGUCACGCCGCUACUCUACCGUGGCCUCAGCACUCAGUUCCCUGCCAAGCUGCAGCGACUGAGCAGAAGGCUGCGCUGUGGGCACCAGCCCUGCCCCUCAGAGCCAGCAGGGGCAGAGCAGGUGGGGGUGUAGGUGUGGGCCUGGACUCAGUGAAUAUACAGGCCCCAUGGCCAGCUGGGCACCUGAAGCCCCAUCUUCCCUAGGAGGCCCCGAAGUGCCAGUGCUGGAAAGCAGGUCCCCAAGCAUGCGGUGAGGGGCUGACUGCCAGACCUCCAGUGCACUCCCAUGCCCACUCCUCAUGCUGAAGAGUUCUGCCGGGCUGGGCAGCCGCAUCUGUGGGGUCCACGAGGGAGCAGGUGUGUGGCAGUGCCAUGGCUGUUCCCGUACACAGGAGCCGAAAUAAAUGCAGCAGAGCCUGCC